AUGGCUCAUAUUCGGCUGUAUCCUACAGCAUUUGGGUAUGUCCUCUUCACACACAAAUUAUGCUACAUUGUUUCAGUCAGAUCUGAUUUAUCCCUCCCUGUAAUACCCCAACAACCUCAAGCCAAAUGUGUUGAUAGCGGGUGCGACAAGAAGGAAAGUUGCGACAGUUCUAGCAACCAUAGACCGGAAUUUCGAAGGACUAGCUAUGUAUUUGAACUCAAGUCACCAUCGCCAGAAAAUGUGAAAUCUUUGGUCGGUACAGUUGAGGCUGAAAACUUAGACGAUCCGACGGGACGCUGUGGUGUAGUGAACUACUAUGCUUCAGUGGAAGGUUCUUCCAUCCCUAUCGAGAUUGGUCGAGAGACGGGAGAAAUCAUAAUUACUGACUGGUCUACCUUUAACUUAUGGCCAAAAACCUAUGAAUUUAAUGUAACAGCGCAAUAUCCGGGGCAAACGACACACGAUGCGAGCUGGACAACAGUAGAACUUAUUGUUCAUCAGGAGUCGGGUGAUGGUGAGGAGUCACUUCGACGAUCGAAACGAUCGGCUGAUAACCCUCCAACAGAACUCACGUUUUCGAUGGAAAAAUUGACUGACCUCGAAUCAAUGGAUUUGUGUCGCGGAUGCUUUUGGAAGGUAAAACUUGUUUUGGGUCUGCCUACUGGCAAUCAUCAACCCACCGUGGAACUUUUCGCGUUCUCAGAUGAAUCAGCUCCACAAGGCUACGUCCGGAAAGUUAGGCUUGUACGUCAGGGGUCCAAGAUCAGGUCGCCUAUUUCCGUUUCUACCAGCACGAUAAACAACAUCCUUGAGAUGGGAGUAACUCAUAUGGCCGUGGAUCUGGGCUCGCUUCAAGUUGAGGAGGGAGCUUCGUCGGCAGAAGAUUUCCAGGUCAUUCUGGAAUUCGAGAUGGGUUUGAGUGAUCAUAGCUCCCUGCCGGACGCUUCUACGAUAACAGGAGGGGCAGGUGCUUUGUUGGGUGAGACGUUGUGGAUUGGAGCUGUGAACGCUCGAACAGCGCCACCAUUGGACUAUAAGAUUGAAAUAGCAAACUGUCCUGCUUCUGUUCAUCCUGGUGAUGUGAUUGCCCUGACCAUCGAUACUGUACUUCCGUUUGCUUCAGGAAACUAUUCGUUUGAGGUGAACAGUAUCACGCCCUCAGUCUCCAUUCAGCAUGUUGAGCUUCAACCAGGAGCAGGUUUUGGAAGCUCGUUACAGGCUACUCAAAAGCGUAUCAUCGACGUCCAAGAUAGCCUGGUUCUGGGAAAGACCAUUCAGACCAUCAUUACAGGUGCGGAAAAUUCAUAUGCUUCCGACACUCGUAAUUCGGAUGCCAACAGGGGAAUCAAGAUCAUGGCCUACGUGCAAGUUUCCCCGUUUGCAGCGACCAGGAUGUCAGUUAGUAUCUACAGCUAUCUACCAAAUGGACUAUCUGUUAUUCGCACGUGUGAUUCAGUCAUCACUACGACAAAACCUGCAGACUUCACUGAGACAAUCGCACAAAUGACCGCGCCUACAGUGGAAAAUGCUGCUGCGACUGAGAAACUGGUGAACAUUACUUUUCCUCUGAGUGUUCCGGCGAGCAGCAAGCAGUCGUAUUCUAUCACACUGGAAGUCACAGAUGUACCAGGAGCCGAGUUGGGCCAUGCCACAAUGACUAUCGUGGACUCUAAAAUAGCCAGUCUUCGUUCUGGGACACCGCUUCUCACGUCGUUUAGUCGUUCUGGCGAUGACAAUCUGGUACUGAAAGCCCAAACGUUCUUAGGCACAGUUCACAACUCUGACGGAAGUUCCGCCGCUUCGUUGUCCGUUUCAUCCCUGAUCAAACUUCGUACUGAAGAUGUUCUGAAACCCGAUACAUCCAUACUGCUGAGGGCGACACUGGCCUGGGAAGGUGGCAGUCAGGACCCGCUAUCGGUUUCUGUAACCUCUGCAGCUAAAUCUACUCCUACGGCAUCUCUCGGUGGGGAAAAAGUACCUCAGAUAUCCCUAGAAAAAUCCCAACCGUCCGGAGAGGAUCCAACUGCUGACUACGGAACCGUUCUGAGGAUGAAAGUAAAGUUCGCGAGCGACGUGGUGUACAUGCCUGUUACAUUCAGAAUGGAGUUCAGUCCCAACUUGGUAAAACUCCUGGACAGUAGGUUCGAAUCUCUCGAUCUGUGCUUUGGAUCCGUUGUUCCUGUUGGGAUUGGAUUUUCUCCAAACGGAGAAAAUAUUUACGACCUCAUGCUUCCCUCCAUCUAUGCACCUUGCGUCGUGAUGCCUCAAGAUGGCUGGGUGGUGUUUCGCUUCGUUGUAUCUUCACCCAGUAGAUUCACUGCCAAAGCGAGUGUAGUUAUCAAUCAGUUGACGUACGAAAAACAGUUGGAAGUUCUCGUGACACCUUUUUCCAGCCCGCUAGAAUUGAGCGAUCAGGACGUCCCACUGGUGAAUGUGACUUACGCGAAUAUGGUUAACUAUGAAGAGGAUAAACUCAUUUAUCCAGGUGUCAACUUACUACUUCUGACUUUGACGAUCAAGCCUGACACCAAGCAGAAGUACACACUUCAGGUUUCAUCCGCUGAUACAGCGAAGGCGCAAGCUUGCUACCCACGUGUGUUAAGCUUUGAUUCAGAGGUUGGUUUUGAAAUAAAGGAACCUACCCCAACUGAAACUGGUGCGGACGUCGAAAUCGGAUAUGUGUUUUAUCAAGACACGAAGAUUGACGCAUCACUUGGUACAAUGGUCGGUGUGCACACACUAGCCUACGCGUUGCCACUUCGAACCAUCCAGAAUCUACGGGUAGAAUUGACCGCUACCCUCACAUAUGGUACACGUACUAUUGCCAAGACGAUAACUUCGGCACUUACAUCUGUGCCCGGUCCAACACUGUCGUCUACAGCGGAUGCCGGAUCACUAGAACUUUUUGACUUGGACCCGCGCUCGAAAUAUUCCCCGGUCUUUCUGGCUGCUCCGGGGGAAGUGGUCAAAUUCUACUACGAAAUCCGUCUUCAAGAAACAAAGUGCUCUUCAUAUAAAGUGACCGUCACACAUUCUAAUGAUGCAACCUGGCCGGUGGAUUUGUCUGGAAUCUAUCUGCAUUCCCACGGUGCAUCAAUCUGGUGUCUGGAUACUGUCCCCACAUUCACUUCGGUCAAAAGCCCAGGUGACCCCGUCGUGACCAAUCAAAUGGAUAUGGAGGUGGGCACAGUAUGUUCACAAGGGACAACCGACAGUUGGGUCCGUUUCCUCAUUUACGCGAGACCGUGGUUCAGCCCCCCGAACAAAGAAACCAUCUCAGGUACAGUUCAGCGGGCCAUAAAGGUUGUCCUCACCGAAGACGGCUCAGAAAACGAAGGAGCCGGUCGUGAUUUGCAAUUCACGGUUGAUCCAAAUAAAGUUAUGGCCGAACGACCAUCAAAGUCUUCCGUUACUGCUGCACUUGAGUUUUCUCCACCAAGCGCUGAGGGUCACCCUGGAAAAACAACAGCAAUUACAGCCAAAAUACGCGUUCCUCCGGCUGCCAAAUUCCCAGAAUCGCAGCUAACUUUUCACUGUGAAGCGACGGGUAGACCGAGUCAGGCCGCUUGUACAUUCUCGGAGGUCACGAUUAGUGCUGGGAGGGAUUUCGCGUCUUUGGAAUCGGAAACGUUGAACGUCACGAUCACGUCAGAUGCAGAAUCCGGUCAACUAAACAAAGCUGUGGUCAGUCUUGGAAAUCUGGUGCAAACAGGAAUAAGUGCAUUACUCGGCCUGAAAGUCUCUGACUCAGAUGUUCUGUCUGCCGUGGUUAAAGUGAAACUAGCAGACAGUGAAAACGCAAAUAACGACGCGAAUAUUCCAAUCAGAGUCACUGUGAAACUUGGAAGUCAAACGACCACGGAAACUGAAAAUAUACGUGUCAUUCGGACGGGCAGCGAAACAAUGGAGUUAAAACUGGUAUCGGAACUGCUUAAUUUUGAUGGGUCAUCUCAAUUUCAACCUGACCAAAGUCUUCAGAUUCGCGUAAACAGGAGCAUGAGAGACUCGUCACAGUUGGAAUGUCAAGAGCAGUUUCUUCAAGUACACAACGGAAAAAUUUUCACCGAGGUCACAAUCGCAGAUCAAUCAACCGGGUCGCCUCAAUUCCAACCCUCUGAAGCAAACAGCGAUCCGCGAAUAACGAAUUUCAAGGCUGGUGGAUUCUACUUUGACCAACAAGCGUGGGUGCUUUUCAACCUGAAAGUCGCCUCGAAAUUGGAACUUUCAGGUGGCCUGAUGAGCUUGAAUGCUGCCUUAGUGGUUGAACUGAUAUGCAUGGCUUACCCCAGAACUAACCCGACUCCAAGCGACGGUGUGGGAGGACGUCCAGCACGCUUUGUAGUGACGCAAUAUGUUCCGGUCGGGGAACCUGGAGGGUGUAUGGAAAGUCUUGAAAUAAGCGAUCCGGCAAAAGUCUUCGAUUGUCAGAUCACCUCUUUUUCUUCCGCUGAUCCAAACCACCGUGCCCCGAACAUUCGAUACACUUCCACUGUUGGUUGGCGACCUCCGGUUCGAAGUGGUACCUUCGCACGAUACAGAUAUGUGGAUAUAAUAUUCGGGAAAAAGACAUCUGUGAAAGAGGUCAAAGUCAAGUUACUUUCGGAUGCGAAUAAGGUGACAAAAAUGGACAUCUACGGGACAAACGAUGGGAGGUCGUUUUUCUUCCACGAACAGGCUCUCGUUAACUAUUUGGACAAUCUGCGGGGAUCCGUGCGGCUUACCGGCAAACUGAACUCACGUGGCCUGCGUCUAGUUGUCAGCGAGCAACAGAAGGAGGAUGAACAAGUCACUUUCACAAUUGAUCUGUGGGGUUGUGGCAAGCAAGAAGAUAGCAGAAGCUUUGAUCCAUGCAGUAUGACCCACUACAGCCUUGCUCCGAAGGAUGGAUUUCUGCCUGCACCUUUCACGAUUGAGCCCCGAGUGUUCCUUUACGCUAAUGAGCAAUUAUUCUUUUGCGAUUUGAUUCUGGAUCCAUUCGUAACAUUCAGCAGGCGAAAACGCUGUUAUCGUGCGAGUAACGAACAGCCGAUUAAAUGGUUUGAUUUGGGGCCGUCUGCAUCACAGGUGCUGACCUAUCUGCCAACUGAGGGUAUCCUGUUUGCCAUCGGUUCGGACGGACAAAGUCUCGUACAAAGUUCCAAUCUGGGCAAAAAGUGGACAGUCAUCAACCUUUCUGCUUAUCAAAUCCAAGUGAAUACAGCUACUAGUUCCGUCAAUGCGACUGCAAUUCCUUGGUCAAUAAUUCCUGGCAGAUUUGAUGCGGCAACAAAUGGAGCAGCUUGCACGGCUUAUACAGGCGGGAGCUGGAACAUUUGUUACGAUGGGAUCUACCAAAACGCGCAACUCAUCCUGGACUGGAACACCAAGUGUCCGGCCUUCAGUCCGCCACGCAUCUGAUCGCCACAAAAUGCUGUUGACCAUGAUUGUUGUUGUUUUCCUUUCUCUUACACCUCCCAUCAAAAUAGCUACAUGGUUUAGUGUUAUUUAGCUAACUAGUGUUGUGUUCAUCAUCCAGUCAUUUAUACCUUGGCGUCUGUGUCUGCAUUUCAUGAGUUC